AAAAAAAAGAAAGGAACGAGUCCUUCAGUUGAAAAUGCCAUCCUGCCAGCCAUUACUGCAAAAGCCCGAUGUUGACGACAUUCGUUCGACUGGCAUCGCAAGUUACGUGUUAAGUAGUUUCCUCUCUUGUACCGCGAUUUUGUUGAACAUUGCAACCAUCCACGGGAUAAGAAAAACGUCAUCGUUAUCCAAUACUUUGAAGAUAUUUCUGCUGAGUCUUGCUGUGUCUGAUGUUUGUGUGGGUUUGGUUGUGCAGCCAUUUUUCAUUUCAAUUGUGGUCAGAGUUUUACAACGUAACAUUCCAGGUUGUACUACUUACAGGGCUUUUGACGUUAUAUCGCACGUUUUUUCCGGCGCUUCGUUUUUCGGUGUCAUAGCCUUAAGCGUAGAUAGGUUCUUGGCUCUUCAUUUGCAUCUCAGAUACCAGGAACUUGUGACUCACAAGCGUGUUGUUGCAGUGGUAAUCUCAAUAUGGCUGUUUAGUUUCUUCAUUGCUUUCUCGAUCUUGUGGGUCCCUAAUACCAUCCGUUUCAUUUCCGCAAGCCUUGUCGGAAUUGUUUGUAUUCUACUGACAAAAAUCGCGUAUUGUAAGAUUUAUUUAACUGUAAAACGCCACAAGAAUCAUAUCCAGUCCUCGAAAGUACGGGAAACACCUGAAGAACAAUUUCAACGGGUUGGCGAAAUGACACAUUUUGUAAGUCUCGUCAAGACUGCAGUCGGUGUAUUUUGCGUGUACCUUGUAUUCUUGAUGUGUCAUUUGCCGUUUGUUGCCUACAUAGUUUUUAUUGCUAUCAGUAGACCGACUAUCGCUCUUAAGCGACUUAACUUUAUCGCAUCGAUUUUUGUAUUUCUGAAUUCAUCUCUGAACCCUGUUGUUUACUGCUGGAAGAUGAGACACAUUCGAAGCGCUAUCAUCAACGUCCUGCGUAGCAUUACAACAUCAAACCGCACAUCAGUGGCGGAUCCAUAG